GCCACAUUUACACUUCAAAUUACAUUUUUACCCUUCUUCAACCGGAUCUUUAUAGCGCCCCUCCGCCCCCCGCCACCCCCAAUUCAAUAUUCUCUCUCCGCUCUUCGUCAUCAUCCUCAUUUUUCUGAUAUCGAAUCUUGAAUAAGGUCCGGAAGAGAAAAAUCCGACUGAAAAUUUCUUAGUUCUGCGAGCGAUGGGUCAGAUCCAGUACUCUGAUAAAUACUUCGACGAUACUUACGAGUACAGGCAUGUAGUUCUUCCCGCAGAUGUGGCAAAGGCACUGCCCAAGAAUCGUCUCCUCUCCGAAAAUGAAUGGCGUGCACUUGGAGUUCAGCAAAGCCGUGGAUGGGUCCAUUAUGCCAUCCAUCGUCCUGAGCCACACAUCAUGCUGUUCAGGAGGCCUUUGAACUAUCAACAGCUGCAGGAGAAUCAAGCGCAGCAGAACUUGCUUGCAAAGUAAUUUUUAUACUUGUGUCUGAAAAGGGAUGGAUGAAUAUAAAACAAAAGUAGGGUUUAUGCUUCUGCAUAAGUAGUUUGGGUUUCCCAGUCUGUAAUAUUCUCUUCCAUUGAGAAUUUGAAGUGAGAGAUUGUUUUUAACUGUCUUAAUCGUGGUUUUACUUGAUGCUACUGGUACAUUGUUCUUCCUUAUAUAGUUAUGUUCUUGAAUUA